CGAGUGGGGGGGCGAGGAGGUGGAGGAGGAGGAGGAGGAGGAGGAGGAGGCGGCGGCGAGAAGAUGGCGACUUCGAACAAUCCGCGGAAAUUCAGCGAGAAGAUCGCGCUGCACAAUCAGAAGCAGGCGGAGGAGACGGCGGCCUUCGAGGAGGUCAUGAAGGACCUGAGCCUGACGCGGGCCGCGCGGCUCCAGCUCCAGAAAUCCCAGUACCUGCAACUGGGCCCGAGCCGCGGCCAGUACUACGGCGGGUCCUUGCCCAAUGUGAACCAGAUUGGGAGUGGCACCAUGGACCUGCCCUUCCAGCCCAGCGGAUUUCUGGGGGAGGCCCUGGCAGCGGCUCCUGUCUCUCUGACCCCCUUUCAAUCCUCGGGCCUGGACACCAGCCGGACCACCCGGCACCAUGGGCUGGUGGACAGGGUGUACCGGGAGCGCGGCCGGCUCGGCUCCCCGCACCGUCGGCCCCUGUCCGUGGACAAACAUGGACGGCAGGCUGACAGCUGCCCCUAUGGCACCGUGUACCUCUCGCCACCCGCAGACACCAGCUGGAGAAGGACCAAUUCUGACUCCGCCCUGCACCAGAGCACAAUGACACCCACGCAGCCCGAAUCCUUUACCAGUGGGUCCCAGGACGUGCACCAGAAAAGAGUCUUACUGUUAACAGUCCCAGGAAUGGAAGAGACCACAUCAGAGGCAGACAAAAACCUUUCCAAGCAAGCGUGGGACACCAAGAAGACAGGGUCCAGGCCCAAGUCCUGUGAGGUCCCCGGAAUCAACAUCUUCCCAUCUGCUGACCAGGAAAACACUACAGCCCUGAUCCCCGCCACCCACAACACGGGGGGCUCCCUGCCCGACCUGACCAACAUCCACUUCCCCUCCCCGCUCCCGACCCCGCUGGACCCCGAGGAGCCCACCUUCCCCGCGCUGAGCAGCUCCAGCAGCACCGGUAACCUCGCGGCCAACCUGACGCACUUGGGCAUCGGCGGCGCCGGCCAGGGGAUGAGCACACCUGGGUCCUCUCCGCAGCACCGCCCAGCCGGCAUCAGCCCCCUGUCCCUGAGCACAGAGGCGAGGCGUCAGCAGGCAUCGCCCACCCUGUCCCCACUGUCACCCAUCACUCAGGCCGUGGCCAUGGAUGCCCUGUCUCUGGAGCAGCAGCUGCCCUACGCCUUCUUCACCCAGGCGGGCUCCCAGCAGCCGCCGCCGCAGCCCCAGCCCCCGCCGCCCCCUCCGCCAGCGUCACAGCAGCCGCCGCCCCCACCACCCCCACAGGCAUCCGUCCGCCUGCCCCCUGGCGGCCCCCUGUUGCCCAGCGCCAGUCUGACUCGUGGGCCACAGCCACCCCCGCUUGCGGUCACGGUACCGUCCUCUCUCCCCCAGUCUCCCCCAGAGAACCCCGGCCAGCCAUCGAUGGGGAUCGACAUUGCCUCGGCGCCGGCUCUGCAGCAGUACCGCACUAGCGCCGGCUCCCCGGCCAACCAGUCUCCCACCUCGCCAGUCUCCAAUCAAGGCUUCUCCCCGGGGAGCUCCCCGCAACAUACUUCCACCCUGGGCAGCGUGUUUGGGGACGCGUACUAUGAGCAGCAGAUGGCGGCCAGGCAGGCCAAUGCUCUGUCCCACCAGCUGGAGCAGUUCAACAUGAUGGAGAACGCCAUCAGCUCCAGCAGCCUGUACAGCCCGGGCUCCACGCUCAACUACUCGCAGGCGGCCAUGAUGGGCCUCACGGGCAGCCACGGGAGCCUGCCGGACUCACAGCAGCUGGGCUACGCCAGCCACAGUGGAAUCCCCAACAUCAUCCUCACAGUGACAGGAGAGUCCCCCCCAAGCCUCUCUAAAGAACUGACCAGCUCUCUGGCCGGGGUCGGUGACGUCAGCUUCGACUCGGACAGCCAGUUUCCCCUGGAUGAACUCAAGAUCGACCCCCUGACCCUCGACGGACUGCACAUGCUCAACGACCCUGACAUGGUUCUGGCCGACCCAGCCACCGAGGACACCUUCCGGAUGGACCGCCUGUGAGCGGGCACGCCCGGCACCUGCCGCUCAGCUGUCCCGACGGCGCCUCCGCAGCCUGGGGACGGCCGCGCUCCGUCCCUCGCCAACGGCCGAGCUUGUGAUUCUGAGCUUGCAAUGCCGCCAAGCGCCCCCGCCAGCCCGCCCCCGGUUGUCCACCUCCCGCGAAGCCCAAUCGCGAGGCCGCGAGCUGGGCCGUCCACCCACCCGCCCGCCCGGGGCAGGGCUGGGAUGGGAGGCCGUGAGCCCCCCGCCCCCACAGACCCUCCCUGCAUCGGCUCCCUCGCCCCCAGCCCCGGGGCCUGAGCUGUCGUCCCCUGUAUGAUGCAGGAAGUGUCGGCUCCUGGCGUGGCGGGCAGGCUCAGGGGAGGGGCGCGCAUGGUCCGCCGGCGCUGUGGGCCGCGGUGCAUUUUCCGACUGUUUGUCCAGCUCUCACUGCCUUCCUCAGUUCCUGGUCCCCCAACCCAUCCGCCACCCCCAGCCCGUGGUCAGAUAGAGAGUGAGCCCCACACGCCGCCCCAGGGAGGAGGCGCCAGAGCACGGGGCAGACGCAAAGUGAAAUAAACACUAUUUUGACGGCUGUCUUUUAUAUUUCUGAGCACACACAGAGCCCUGGCAUCCACCGCGGCAGGCGCAAAGUGGACAGAGCACGCGGGGCGGCGGCCCCCCACGGCCCUCCUCGCCCUGUCUCCAUUCCCUUCAAGCCCCGCCUCAGCCAGGCAGGCCCUUGGAUGGCUGCCUUUGCCGGGAAAUGACCGGGAGGCCCAUGAGGGCUCACAGGCGGAGGCAGGGUUACCUCCUGGGGCUUUACAACCCUCCUGUCCUGGUCACCGGUCCCGUCACAGAUGCUGUCAAUUUAAGGUUCAGGGAGAGGUGGCCAGGUGAGUUUCAUUGUGGUUCUUUUCCUUUUGGUUUCUAUUUACAUUUUGGUUGUAGAUGAGUCGCCUAACCUUUUAAGGCAACACUUUCCUGAGAGCAUGUUUUUAUUCCAGAAAUCCAACGUUACCUAUUUUUUAAGCUAACUAGAAUUGGAGGCCACAUACCCCAGAGCAGCCCGCCACCCACCCGAGUCUAAGCAGCGUGUCUGGCUUUUGGGUUUCACCCCAGGUUAUAUCAAAAUGAAAGGGCUAGUCGGGCAGGGACUUGGCAGGAGCUCACGGUAGCCAGAGGCACCUCCGCCAGGGCCACAUCCCCGACUUCCGCAAAGGGGCCUUGACUUUUAUUGAGGGUCUCUUGAAGACCCAGCCCCGCCUGCCUCUCCCAGAGGUGCCUGCCAGUCCUUAUAUGUGUGUGUGAAGACCCCGUGACCAGCGGUGGCCGAGACCUCUCUGCUCCACAAGAACUGGCAGGGAGCGAGGGUCCCCGGGAUGAGUCCCAUGGUCCUCCCUGAGAACCCGAGUGGGGCUGGCAUUUGUCCCCUCCCCGCCAACCCUCUGGCUCCCAGCCACGCCCACUCUUUCGGGCAGCGUGGUCUGCCGACUACCCCUUGGCAGCUCAGAGUCGUGGCAGGUGGACGUGGAGACACAGUGUGCGUUUUAGUGGCAGGUUUCAGGAGCACCUCCGAAUCACCUGGGAGCCUCCUAGCCCCUCCAUACCACGGGCCCUUUGAGGGAGGCGUCGGGGCUGGCUUUGUUUUCUGCUGUUCUUGGAAUAGGAACUGCUGUUCCGAUCCCCCCAAAACUGCAUUGUGGCUCUUGCUCGCCCCUGCCUGCCCGGCCAGCGCCUUCUGCUGGGUGCGUUUCUUUGUGGUGUGAUGGCCGCCGCUUUCACCGGGGUCCUGGGCACCCUGGCCACUGUCCUCGGGAGCUGGGUUUGAUCCUAGCGGCCAUUGUCCCUCUCUUUCCCAGGCAUCGCUGUUAGCAUACGUGGAAGCGGCCGCUCAGAAGGCUCCCGGUCAGUUGCUUCCAUUGCCGUCUCGUGCCGAGGUGCAGGGUGGGGGGACAUGGUAUCUGUCUGUCUGGGUCAAGACCCCUUUCUUUUACCACCACGGACGCUGGAGGCAGACGGCGGGGACUUUUUUUUUUUUUUUUUUUAAGAAAAACUAUGUGUACAUAGGAGAGUUUGAUUACCAUUAGACUUGUAUGUGGGACUUUUAAAAAAUGGCCUUAAAAUUACAAGCAACCUGUCUGGAUGCGGUUUCCAAAACAAGGCAUUGAAGACCUCACCAGGAAACCUCAUCAACCCUCAUUCCCCGUCUGUCCAGCCUCCGGCCGGUGCCACUACUUAUCCCCGGGUCUUUGGUAUAGACAGGAGAGGAGGGGUCCCACCUCAGAGCUUCCCAGGCCCGGAGCCCAUUUCCAGCAUCCAACAUUCCAGGUGCACGGUGCCAUUGUGCCAACGUGAAGACCUCGGUCCGUCACAGAGUUCUCUUCCAAUGAGAACCUGGUGGACUGAGGUCUGAGCUUCCAGGGAAGGUGGGGCCCACGCGGGUCCCUGGGGCCCAGCCAGGAGCCAGCAGCCGGGCGUCCCUGCGUUCCAGAAGGGUUCACACCCCUCUUGGACCUGGGCAGGCCUCCCAGGAUCUGCAUCACAGCCUUUUGUGUGUGUGUACCUGUAGGUUUUUAAAAAUAUCACUACUACAUACUCUUGAAUUGCCAAGACUUUCUGAAACAAGACAGCUUAAGGGAAUCAGCCUUUUGCUUUGUGAUGUGAACAUGCUGUGAUUUGGCGAGCCACUUCCUGAGGGACAGGCCCGCGUGAGGGGCUGUAGUGUGUACAUAGACCCACUGCCUGUGUCCUUGGUCAGGCUCCGAUACUUGGUCCGCGAUGGGUCAGAGAAUGCUCCCGCACCCACCCGCCCACGUGCUCCUGGCUUCUGCAGCCCCUGCUCUGUGCACACCGGUCCCCUAAGGUGACGUUCGGGCAGGGCUCUCCUGAAAGCAUGAUGUCCCCACCUGCCUGUUUCCCUCCGUCACUCCCCAGGGUGGCGAGUCUUGUAGGUGGAGGGUGGAACCCAGGUCAGCCUCUCUGAGUCCUCCAGGGAAGAGGGUUCUCUGCCCGCACCAGGGCCCUGCUUGUGGGAUUUCAGCUCUGGGGAGGAAGGUAUUGGCAUUGGUGUGUUUGGUCUGAUUUCUUCAGGAGGCCAAGCUCCCGGGAGGACCCCUAGCCAGGAGGAUCCCCCAUGUCCAUCCAUCCCUCCUGCUGGGGCCUGGAUGUCAGGCUUGGGGGCUGUGAGCUGGGACCUCGCCCUAGCCCGGUCACUUGGGACAGGAGCCUGCCAGAGGCCCAUGGGUUGCUUCUAUUUUAUUUUUUUAUUGAUGAGAUCUUGCUGUGUUGCCCAGACUGGUCUUGAACUCCUGGGCUCAAGCAAUCCUCCCUCCUUGGCCUCCCAAAGUUCUGGGGCUACAGGUGUGAGCCGCUUCUGCCCAGCGUCCCAGGCCUGACCAUUCUCGGCAGGACCCGCCCCUAGAGGGGGCUCUGGCGCCCCCCUCAGGCAGGCCUUGAGCUGGUUUCUAACCAAACAUCCUAACUCCAGCUGCCACCUGCUUCCUGAGGUUUCUGUAUUUCCAAGGAGUCCCCUGACCAGGGAUAGGCUGGCAGAAUGAAGUCCAGCAGUAUUAGGGGGUCCUCUGUCGCCUGGCCCUGAAAACAGCAGCUCCCAUCACCUUCACUGGGUCCUGAUGGAGCCGUCUCAGAGGCCGAGGGGCCCACCAUGUGGGGUGGGACACAGGGGUUCUCAGUGCAAGGGCCACAAACCGAUGGCACAGAGGUGCCCCCGGGCCUGGCCUGUCACCUGCAGGUGGUGCUCCAGGACAGGGCAUGCAGGCCGACAGCAGGGGCAAGACUGGGCCCCUCCCUCACCCUGGGAGGCCUGCCUGGGCUAUCUGGACACCUGGGUCUCUUUCUACCCCCAUUCACCAUGGACCAGGGGCCUCCAUUUCCUGGGGGGAUCUUGUGGCAUGUGAUUUGGGGGUCCCCGGGAUGUUCCCCAGCCAGCUCCACCUGAGCCAAAUGUCUUGUUCUCCAUGGCUCUUGGCCUUCCGGGGUCCUGACCAGGCAGGGGUCAGGUACCCCAUACCCGUCCAUGUGGCACAGGUAUCCACCCACCCCCACUGGCCACAGACACCACUCUCCCCUUGGGAGCAGGAGGUGGAGUAAGCUGCACCGCGAGGCCUGGGGGCUGGGGAGGUCCUGAGGGCAGGGGUGCGGCAGGAGCCAGUGCCUCAUGAUCCAAGCCUCAGUUUCUCCCCUGUCACUUUCUCAGACUUGCAGGCCCCAGGCCUCAGGCCCCAGGCUCCUCCUGAGCAGGAUAGGGGGCAGGGCCUGGGCCUUGGAGUGGUGCUGGCUCUGACGAUUCCAGAGGCUCUAUCCACCUUCUGGGCUCCUGGCCAGCACCCCAUCCAGGUGGCACUUGUUGGGGUUCGGGGGUGGCCCCCAUCUUGAAGUGUUCUGGAAUUUGGGGCCAAUCCAUGCCCAGCGUAGCCCAGCCAUCAAGCACUUCUGACCUCCUGCCCACCAGGGACAAGAGGACUUAGCCAUGGCCUUGGCCACCAGGCCUGGGGAGGGAGGGCUUUGGCAGGCAAGGUCCGCUGGCCCUGCUGUGCCCAAGUAGGAAACUGCCCCCAAGGGGCUGCGUGGCCCCACUGAUAUAUGCAAACCCGCUGGUCCGAGCCCUUUUCCUGCCUGUGCCCCUCUGUGCCCAGGCUGGCUCUCCCCCAAUCCCAGCAUGUAUACUUUGCCACGGAUGUCCCGUGGGCCGUGAUCGUGGGCGGCCACAGCGGGGGGGGGCAGGCGGCUCAGGGCACACUCGGCCGUCCCUGUCCCAUCCUCUGGCGCGGCCGCUUUUGUCUUUGUACCUUUGCAUCCUUUGUAAUGAAACAUAAUAAAAAUCCAACGUUUUCGUCA